AUGAAUGAAACCGAACGAAGGGCGCAGGAAUAUAUAAAAAGAGCCGAAUGGGAAAAAGCAGUUGAAUGCUUUGAUCAACUACUUGUAACCAAUCAAAACAAUAGAAAUGGUACUUUACCAAAAGAUAAAUUAGUUAAUAUAUUAAUUGGAAAAUCCGAGUGUAAUUUCGCAUUAGGAAGAAAUGAUAUUGUCGUGCAAGAUUGUAGGAAAGCACUUAAACUUUACGUUGAAAAUGAUGUUUAUGGUAGUCAAAAAGAUAAAGCAAGAAAAUUGUUGAUUCAAUCAUUGAUACAAAACAAAAGGUUUUCCGAAGCUGAAUCCGUUGUCAAAGAAUGGCUUCAAAGAGGAAAAGUGCAAUCGGAUACGAAAAAAAUUUUAGAGCAAUUGAAAAAUAAAUUUCAAAAUUAUGGGCAAAGAAAUCAAAAUGUAACAUUACAAAAAAUUGAAGAAGACUUAUUAGUAUUACAAGCAACAUUGGAAGGAGGGAAUAAUAAUACUACUGUAGGUGAAAAAACAAAGAAAAAUAUACAAAAAUUAGAAAUAAUGUCAAAUGUAAAAGACUCAUCUAAAAAAGGUGGAAACACACACAAUUUUCGUGAACAGCAAAUGCAUCAAAAAUUAUUAGAAAAUAAUAAUAAUAAUAAUAAUAAUAAUUCCGAUAUGAGAAAUAGUCAGGAUGAAUUUAAUUGCAGUUAUUGUUCUUUAAAAUUUCACGAUAUAGCAUCUUUAAGAUCUCACUGUUUAACAGGCAGCCAUCAAACAGUUAUUAUGUCAGAUGAAGGAAGAGACUGGAAAUAUAGACCACCUCCAAGAGGUUUAACAGCUGAUGCUUAUUCAUUAUGCGAAAGUUUUCAAGAGAAAGGAUGUUGUAGAUAUGGUGCACAAUGUGUUGAUGCACACGGACCUGAUGAAUUAUCCGAAUGGUCUGAAAGAUUUGAAUAUAGGAGAAUGAAAUUACAAAGAGCAUCUGAAAAACAAUUGUAUGGAAAAUCUUACACCGAGCAGCUUUUGGAAAAGUGGGUAAAUUCUCCCAAUCCGGAAAAAGUAAUGAAAGACAAAUUAGAGGGAAUAGAUGAAUCUAUUAGUGGAAAUUUAACAACAUCGGUUUCAUCGAAGAAUAGUCAAAGAGAAUGGACAUUUUUAUUAAAAACGAAAAAAAAAAUUAGGGCUGUAGCAUUACUUCAAGAUGCACACAGGAAUCAUUUUUCAUUAAGACAAGUAGCCACAGGUAACAAUGCUUCGAAAGCAUUGUCAUCCACCGAUUGGAAACCUGUUAACGAUCAAGAAUGGACUAGUGCUAAAGAUUCAUCAUCAUUGGAUUCUGAAUCCAGUGAGAUUCUGGAACAUAGAAUAAAAGUAGGAUUUAAAACGGAAAUAUAUGGUACAUUUAGGCAAUCUGUAGUUUUCGAUUUUGGAAGUGAACCAGUUUUAGUAAAACAUUUGUGCGUUGAUGUGGUACCCGUGACUGACGUUGAUAGAAUUAAAGAAAUUCGUAAGGAACUCACGCUGUCAUCAUCUGAAAGAUGGGAUUCGGAAAAUUCCGAUGUUGUAAUUUUCACAUCGCCCGUUCUUCAGUUGGUCGGAUCUCCGGGAACGGUUGCCGAAGAUAGCGAAAAAGAAAAACAAUUAUUACAAUAUUAUUCAACCCCUAGAGCGGAUACAUUUCAAUUAACACAAUCGACCGUUUCGGAAAAAAAAUUAACGAAAAAUAAUUAUAGAGAUCGUAUGCAUGAAUUGUUGUACGUUGAAGAAAUGGCGCGGUACGAACAAGUUGCCAGGUAUAACUUGACGACAAAAUUACACAUAGUUAAUUGUUAUUUACUAGCAUCGAAUGGAAUGGCGAAUAGUACGGCAAAAUACGCUCAUAACGGUGAACUAUUUGCACUCAUGAGUUUAGGAAAAGAUAUUUCGGAAGAUACGUCAGCCGGAAGACUUAUUUUAAAUAAUUGUUCGACUGUGUUAUUGACCGCAUCAAAAAGUACUACCAAAGUAUACGAAGCUUUAAUUGAAGACAAAGGGAAAAAUAUGAUUUAUUUGAGAUUGUCGUCGGCAUCGGUGACCGCUCUCAAAUUAAAACCAGAUUCUGAUUUUUUUUGCGAAAUACAAUUUCAAUUAAAUAGAGUUCCUUAUUGCGAAUGGCAUUACGCGAUCGAUAAAAUAUCCGAUUAUAAAAUUAUAUUUCCCGAUACGUAUUUAGAGCCGAACAUUCCGUGGACGCCUCAAAGACAGUGGACCGAUAUAAUAGAUUCUAGGUUAAAUUUAAAACAAAGAGAAGCGGUUGUUGCCAUAACGACACCGAUUUCAACUGCUCUUCCUCCAAUUCUAAUUAUAGGUCCUUUCGGCACGGGAAAAACGUAUACUCUUGCCCAAGCUAUAAAACAAUUAUUAACGCAACCCGAAGCGAAAGUUUUAGUUUGCACUCAUUCAAACAGCGCUGCCGAUCUUUACAUUAAAGAUUAUUUGCAUCCGUAUGUUGAAGCGGGUCACGAAGAAGCCAAACCUUUAAGAAUAUAUUAUCAUAAAAGAUGGGUUGCAACCGUUAAUUCUGUCGUACAAAAGUAUUGCCUUAUUGAAAUGGUUAACGGAAUUAGAACUUUUAAAAUUCCUACGUUAGAAGAUAUCGUUAAACAUAGAAUCGUAGUGGUCACGCUUAGCAUAUCCAUGUACCUUUCGACGCUCGGACUGAAAAAGGGUCAUUUUAGUCACAUAUUGUUAGAUGAAGCGGCUCAAGCCAUGGAAUGCGAAGCUAUCAUGCCUUUGGCUUUGGCCAACGGAAAUACUAGGAUAGUUCUCGCAGGGGAUCACAUGCAACUUAGCCCGGAAUUAUUUUCGCAAUUUGCUCGAGAGCGAAAUUUACACGUUUCCCUUCUCGAAAGGCUCUACGAUCAUUAUCCCGCCACGUUUCCGUGUAAAAUUCUUCUAUGUGAAAAUUACAGAGCUCACGAAGCCAUAAUAAAUUUUACGUCUGAACUUUUCUACGAUCAAAAAUUAGUAAGUUCGGGUAAACAGCCUCGUCACGAAAGAUUUUACCCCCUAACGUUUUUCACAACACGGGGAGAAGAUGUACAAGAUAUCAAUUCCACGGCUUUUUACAAUAAUUCCGAAGUGUACGAAGUCGUCGAAAGAGUUUCCGAACUUAAAAAAAGAUGGCCUUCAGCGUGGGGAAAAUUAGAUGAUCAGAGUAUAGGAAUCAUGACUCCGUAUGCGGAUCAAGUUUUUCGAAUUAGGUCCGAGCUUAGAAAACGACGAAUGGGUGGAAUUUCCGUUGAAAGAGUUUUAAACGUUCAGGGUAAACAAUUUCGGGCAAUAUUUUUAAGCACUGUUAGAACUCGUAGAACUUGCGUGUGCGACAUUAAGGGAGAAGAAAGUAACAAAAUAGACUACGGAUUUUUAUCCAAUUCUAAACUUCUUAAUACGGCCAUAACGAGAGCUCAAAGUUUGGUUGCCGUAGUCGGGGAUCCCGUAGCACUUUGUUCCAUAGGCAGAUGCAGGAAAGUAUGGGAAAGGUUUAUCGAGAUAUGCAACGAAAAUAAAAGUUUGUUUGGAAUCACGUGGUCUUUGUUGAGGAGUCAACUCGAUGGAGUCGAAUUGAAAAAAACUUACACGUUAAAUCCGCUUGCCCCGGAAUUCGUACCUCGUUCAUUUCACAAUGAAUCGUAUAUAAAAUUACCAUCGUUACUCGGAAGUUACGGUCAAGGAAUGGUACCGCCAAGAUUUCCAGGUCCACCUUACAUUCAUCCUCCCGUACCUUACCCGGUUUAUUACUAUUCUAAUCCUAAUCAACCCGGACCAAUAUAUCAAGUGCGGCCUAAUGUUCCUUAUCAUUUGAAUGCGACUAAUCCUUGGGCGGGAUUCCCGGCUUCAUCUCCUACGAAUGCGCUCGGUAAUCCUAAUUGGAAUCUCAAUAUAAAGAAAAAAUCUCCAGAAAUUCGUAAAGAUGAUGUUAAUGUUUUAAGGCCUGAUAUAAAGCCGGUUUUAUCGUCAAUGGAAGGCAUAAAUCCUCAGGGUCCUCAAAAUUUAAUGUUAGAAAAUUAUUUAGGAGUUCGACCUAAUCCGAUUCCGCAUCAUUCCAAUAUAGAAGGAUUAGGAGAUCAACACAUACAAAUUCAUUCGAAGCAACAACCGCAUCAAAUUCAACAACAACCUCAACAAACUUCACUGAUAAGACCCCUUCACCUGGAUAAGCCCGAACAAAUACAAUUUUUAAACAAUGUUCAUUUUCCCGAAAGGCAUUUUCCAAGAUCUCAAACUCAGCCUGGAGUUAUAUCGAACGCGCCUGCGGACUGGCAAAAUUUACUUCCUCCGAACACUUCAUUAGCGGACGUUUUAGAAUCCCGAGGUCUUCAAAUGGAUUGGUAUAGACAUCUAUUAAAUACGGCAGGAAUAGAAAUAGCGAGUAGAUUUAGGGAUUUGGUCCUUCGUUCGAGUAGAAAACAAAAUCCUUCGCCCGAAGUUAAUAGAGCAAUGGAUGAUUUGUUCGGAGAUAAAUCUCUUCCUCCUUUCCCAUUUUUAAACGGGAUGAGAAUUCAAGAAAAUGGGGAUAUAAUGAAUCACGGAGGUCAAAUAAAUCGCCCGUUAAAAUUAGCCACGAAACCAUUUUUACUACAAGAUUUGGAAGCGGCCAUGUUGCUUUCCGCGAGCAUACAACAAACUCCUCUCAUAACAAACAACGUCGAACCUUUACCUCUUACUCAGCAACACAGAUUCGAACCUGCCCACGAUUUAGUCAUACAAAAUUCUCCGUCCAUGCCCUUGUACAGACGUCAACCCACACAAAAUCCCGAAACAACAAUGAAUCCCGUCAAUAGAAAUUUACCCGAGGAAAUCAACGUCGAACAAUUUUUAAACAAUUUCAACAUGAUUCAUUUGAAUUCGAAAGCAUGGGAAUUGGAUAAGGUUCAGUCGGAAUUGAAAGUCAUCAACCGGGACAUGUACAUAAACAACAUGCAAGAAAUGGAUUACAAUGUAAAUAAAAAUCAACCGAUCCAAGUAACCGGAAAUGACAAAAUAAAUGGGAAUCAAAUGCCGGGAUUUGCAAAUUUUUCGAGAGCCAUGUUUCAACCUCCGCCCCGUCAUUUGGCACCCGCUCCCGUCACGGAAAGUCCCUACAUAAACGAUUUUCAUUUGAACGGGAGAGAGCAAGACAUUGACGAGUCCGCGACGACGAGGCACAGCAACAUAGAAACGACUUACGCAAGCGUUCUCAGAGCUCAACCGACGAAAAAUCAAAGACCGGAAGAAGAAAAAAUCGGGGAUCCAUUCGGAAUAUUAAAAGAUUUAGCUAAUUCAAAAAGCUCUUAA